UUGUGUGUUAGUGAAGUUUCUCAAUGCGGAUUUUUUUAUUACAUUGAAAUGUAUUUCAGGAAAUUAUUAUUUCUGACAAAAACCGCGUGUUGUAAAUCUUUAAAGGUAGAGACAAAAUGCCACUCAAGACAAAACAUUUGGAUAAUAGCAGCGAAUUCGCCAAAAUUUUAUUCAAAUCAAAAUUUAGAUGAUAGAAGUAAAGAUGAUAAACCUGAAAAAGUAGAUAUCUUAGGGAGGUUCUUCCCGCAAGCCCCACAGACACAGGUUGAUGCACAGCAGAUUAAAAAAGAACAAGAACGUUUUGAACAAGAAAACAAAGAGAAAACUGAAGAAAAUGAAAAAAGUUGGAGAAGAAUGAAAUUAGGUUUUGCAGUUUUUGGUGGUGGUCUCACAGUAGCAGCGACCUGCCUUGUCAUAGAGAUGGGCUCACCCCGACGGGAUGACGAGGGUCAAAUAAUAGAGGAUGAAUUUUCACAUCUUCCCAUUGUCUUUCAAUACCUGAGACGUUCCUGGAAAGAACUCACAUUUUAUGAAAAGAUGAUAAAGGAGCCGUCAAGAGAGAAACUACUUCCAGACCCUUUGCCUCCACCGUACCAGCCUACAUACACUCUAGUCUUAGAAUUCACCGAUGUCCUGGUUCAUCCUGAUUGGUCUUAUCAAACGGGCUGGAGGUUCAAGAAGCGCCCCGGCGUGGACCAGUUCCUCCAGGCGGUCGCGAGCUCUAAUUACGAAAUCGUCAUCUUCACGACGGAGAACGCUAUGAUGAUCUGGCCGGUGUUGGACAAACUAGACCCCGAGAACAAGUACAUAACGCACCGCCUGUUCCGCGACUCCACGCACUUCGUCGACGGCGUGCACGUUAAGAACCUCGAGGGACUCAACAGGGACUUGUCGAAGGUUAUCGUGGUCGAUUGGAACAAGGCAGCGACCAAGUUCCACCCGCAGAACUCGCUGAUCCUGAAGAAGUGGAAGGGAGCUGAUGAAGACACGUCGCUGCUCGACCUGGCCAAUCUGCUGCAGACGAUAGCGAUGUCGGAGGUGGCGGACGUGCGCGAGGUGCUGUCCUACUACGGACAGUUCGAGGACCCCAUCGCAGCCUUCCGGGACAACCAGCGCCGCCUCAUGGAGCAGCUCGAGGAGCGGGAGAAGGCUCCCAAGCAGGACAACACGCUCACCAGGAGCUGGCUGCGGACCUUCACCAGGCGCUAGCCGACGCGCUUCGAGACUUCGUAGCCGAUGCAGUUUAAUUUCAAUAACUUAUUGCAGAGCUCCUGGAGAGAGUUAAGCUUUAAAAUGAUGUUAUUAUCUCAAAAGGCGUGAUUACAUUAUUUUCGUUAUGUCAAUUGGUACAGUAAAAUGAAUUUUAAAAUAAUAAUAAUAAGAUUUUCUGAAUA